AUGGGGGACCGCCUGCUCCACCAUCAGACUCCCCCAGCCAUCGACCCGGCAGCACUCGACGAGUCGGUGGACGAGGCUGUCGCUCGCAUGGCGGCCAGCCAGCCAGCCUUCGCCGACCCCUUCCUCCAAGACAGCCAGGCCCUACACGCCCAUCCCCUCCUCGAGCACGGGGACCCGCCUGGCGAGGGCGUCGAGAGCGACGCGAGCGCGGGGAAGGAGGAGGGCGGGGGAGGGUCGGGGUCAGCAGGCAGGCCCAAGACAAAGCAGCCCGCCUUCAGGCGUCACCCCUGGACCGAGGAGGAGGAGGCGCGCUUCCGGAUCGCGCUGGAGAUGUUCGGGCCCAAGGAGCGGAGCUUGGUGACGCAGGGCAGGAUCCCCGUGGGGCUAGGGGCGGGGGCGGCGAGGAGCAUGGCGAGCUUCAUCGGGACGAGGUCGGUCCAGCAGGUCAGGUCGCACGCCCAGAAGCACUUCAUCAAGCUCGUCUCCUCCCCCAGCGAGGCGGAGGCAUCCAGCGGCGGGUUAGGUGUAGAACCUUUCAACGACUCGGCGCGUCGUCGCCAGGAGUACUCGUCGCUGCCCGCAUCAGGGUCGACAGGCUCAGAGGCUGACGUGCCUGGCUUUGAGCUUGAGAGCUCGAGCCCUUAG